CGGGUACCGGCCCCGGCGUGUCACAUGGCUGAAUCCGGGUGACGAGGGUUCACUUCUUGGGUGAAACACAACCGAGACCUGGGUGAAUGUGGAAGCUGGAUCGUGGAGGAAGAGGAAGAGAAACCCGGAGACACCGUGUGACUGAGGCACCUCUCCCCGCAGGAGGAGCUCACUUCCCCGCCAGGAUCCGUGAGGUUUAAGACGUGUGUAACUGCCCGGUUGUUGUGACCGGUUCUGAUCCGCUGAAGGCCGGGGGACACCGGGACCUGCUGCCCGGGCCAGCCCUCCUGUUUCCCGGCUGUGAUCCUCCAUGGGUCGACCCUCCUCCUCCACCUCCUCCUCCUCCUCCACCACCUCCUCCGGCCUGUGUGGAAGAUGAUCGGGUCACCGGACCUCCUGGCCUUCACCAGCUCCGGGGGCUUCGGGGACGGGGACGAGGACCAGGGGUCUGCGGGCCCGCCGGAGGAGCUCUCCGUCCCGCUGCUGCCUCCCUCGUCCCCCUGGAGCUGCUCGGCCCUCUUCCACAGGGACUUCAUCCUGGUGGCCGAGUUCUCCGAGCAGGUGGGUCCGAAGCCUGUGCUGACGAUCCCGGACGACCCCAGAGUCAUCGGCUCCUUCGACCUCAACCACUUCUCCGUCCGCAUCAUGUCGGUGGACUAUCAGGCGUCCGGGCCCGUCCACGCCUCCCACACCUCCCCCGGCCCCCGCCUCAACUUCAGCGAGGACUCCGAGGUGAUCCUGGGAGACUCGGCCGAGGACGCCUUUGCGUACGUCCACCACCUGACCCUGUACGACCUGGAGGCCCGGGGCAUGGUGCGGCCCUUCUGCAUGGCCUACGUGUGCUCCGACCUGGCCAAGCUGAUGGAGAACUUCGCCGAACUGUCCUCGUGCUUCUCCCGGGCGUCUGACAGCCUCAAGACAGGGAACAGGCAGGCGUUCUCCAUGGAGCUGCAGAGGAAGCUACAGGAGCUCGAGUACGUGAGGCUGACGCUGCUUCAGGAGACCAAACACCUGUCGACCGUCAACGGCUUCACAGAAGACGCCGGACGAGCCGCUGACCUGGAAUCUGUGGAGCGUUCCAUCUUAACCCACAGAGACCUCCUCCGCCAGGUCACCUCCUACCCAAACAGGAAGCUGAAACAACCUGACUUCCUGCCCUACGACCCCGCCGACUCCCUCACUGAUCCCACUGCCCUGCUGCCCACUGAGCGGCCCCCCCCCAGGCCUACCCCCCCCAAGUCGGAGCACAGCCUGAAGCCCCUGCAGGAGCUCUGCAACGACUACUUCCUGUCCCUGACGAAGGAGCAGCUGGCGGACACGGAGCGCCGCCUCCGGGGCGACAGGAGCGUCCUGCGAACCGUCCGGGUCUCGCGUGCGUUGUCCAGGAGGCUCGCGCUCACCAACUUCCUGUUUGACUCCUGGAGCACGGAGAACGAGGAGGAGGAGGAGGAGGAGAAGGAGGUGGAGGAGCUGCCGCGGGCGAGUCAGAGCGGCGUCAUGACGACCAGCUCCGAACCCAUGAGCCUGGAGUCCUUCUACUCCUGCGUGGAGGAGAUCCCCAUCAAGCUGGAGGCCGGAGGGACGCUGACCUCCGACCCCGGCGUUGUCAUGGAGAUGGCAGGAAGCGUGAGCAGCAGCGACAGCAUCGAAGUGCUCGGCACCGAGAAAUCGUACCGGACGCAGCACGACGUGGAUGGAUCCGACAGCAGAGAACCCCCGGUCAUGCUGAUGGACCCCCCCCUCAGAAGGGUCCCGCUCGACACCGGCGCCAGACGUGUGCGGGCGUACGCCAGACGAGCCAACAGCGAGGACAGCAUCGAGGUCCUGAGCACCACCGAGUCCAUCUUCCCCGAUGACCUCACCGCCAUCACAGAGGAGGAGGCGGAGCAGCAGCCUCCGAGCAACGGCUUUGAGGAGGAAGAGGAGGAGGAGGAGGAGAAGCUGACAGGGCGCAGACCUGAGGAGAAGAUCCUGAAUGUGACCCGUGAGGGACGUGAACAUGGAAACAAUCAGUUCGCUCAGAGAGAGGAAGGUGAUGAAGACGAGCCUCUAACUGUCGGUGAUGGCGUGGAGGUCAGAGAGGAGCCGGUGGAGAGCUGGAAGAAGAAUCAAGAGCACGAGAGUCCUGAGAAAACGUCCAACAUCCUGCAAGUCCAUGAAGCAGUGGAGCCGAUGUCCAACUCGUCCAAAGCCCAUCAGAUGGUCCAGUGGAUGGACCUCCUUGUGAACUAUGCCCCCCCCGUGGCCCCGGAGGAGGCUGACCACUGGUCCCCCCCCCGCGCUCCCCUCCGGGUGCCGAGCAUCGACGAGGCGUCAGACUGCGCCAGCUUCACGGGCUCCUCGGACCCCCCCUCCCCCACCCAGAACACCCACAUCAACCCGCGCUCCGACAAGAGGAGGAGGAAGGCCGGCCUCCGAGCCCUGAGGUUCGUCAAGCACAACUCCUUCUCCCAGCACGCCGUGUUCUGCCUCCUGAGCGGCCGGCCGCUGGUCGUCAUCGGGGGGGACGAGAGCCUGGUGAGGAAGCUGGUGGACGCUCUGAGUCUCUUCCUGCCGGCGCCCGACAGGAACGCUGUGGCGCCGUGUCUGACCACGCCCCUUCAACUGACCGACCUGCUCACCUGGAGACUGAUCGGGAUACACAGAUCUCCCUCCAGCUCCUCCUCCAGCAUCAUCCACUCCCUGAGCCGCUACAGUCGUUACCUGGCUCUGCUGGACGUGGACCAGAGGACGCUGCGCUGUCCGCCCUACUCCGGCUCCCUCAUCAGCAGGAUGGCCGAUCCUCACAGUGGCAUCAGCCGCGGCGUCACCUACCUGCUGCACCUGGAGAGCUGCCUGACCGCGCUGGUGAACCAGGCUCUGCUGCACACGUUCCGUCCUGCGUCACGCCGUCCGAACGCCACGGGGGGGACGCACGGCACCGGGGGAAAAGACGGAGGACUGUGCAGCAGUGAGCACGAUGUGAGAGUGAUGAACUUCCUGUCCGAGCUCAUCAAGCAGCGGCACGCGGGACGCGGACCCCCGGUUUUAAGAUUCUCUUACAGCGCGGUGCAGCUUCACAGGAACACGUACACAACAUGAAAUCCACCGACUCCGGAGAACCCCCCCCCCAGACUAAAUGCACUGAUUUCUGUGUAAUCGGAUCUGAUGCUGAAGGUUUCACAUCAUCUGACACUGUGAACACGUGAAGACAAAACAAUCACACGUGUGUUGACAUGACUCCUGCUCCAUCAUGGAUCUGUUUACUGUACAUCGUAGUGUCUCUCACUACACGCUGGCAGCUUCCACAUCUCCAGCACACGAAGGUUUUAUGUUUUAUUGAAGUGUGUUUUUAAAAAUGUAGGUUUAACAUGUGAACUGACAAUUGAGCCACGUAUGUGCACUGUGCAAUUUUUAAACCAGGAACUAUCUGAAGGCAGAUUCACACGGAGACUGGUAGAUGAUUGAUAUCUGUACGUUCAGUAUUGAAACGGUCGAGCCGCAGUUUGAUAAGAGCUGAAACUUUGAGUUUGAUUCUGUUUAUAAUGAUGGACGACAUAUCUGCACUUCCUCUUGUAUCCAGAAAGGAAGCGUCCCAUAAGCUGAGUCAGUCUCAGCUGUCAAAUGUCAAUCAACAAUGAUUUAACGUUUACUUUGACUUCUCAGUUUGUUUAUACUGCAGCUAUCCACUAGGGGGCAAUCAUGAACAUUGGCUUAAUUUUCGUCUUUUCGAGUCGUCCAUCUUUAAACAGUUUAUGGUUCAACGCAGUGGUGGUAGAAAUAUUUGGAAAAUCAGUGCAAUAUAAAUUACUCUAAGUUAAAUUAAAUGAUCUCUUAUUUCUGAAAUAUUCAGGUCCUCAGUUAAUCAAUUUGCAGUUUGGAGAAUUUUACUUUUAAUUUGAAAUUCUGAUUUGUUCCAAGUGAUGAAAAGUAAGGAUAUUUAUUCCGAUACUGAACUUCUGUGUAGACACAAGCUUGAGCUGAUUUUAACAUGUUUUUAUAUUCCCUGAAAAUAUAUCACAUCAUUUUUUACACUGGAAUUUCAAAAUGUUAAACAAUAACCCAGAGACAGAAUUCUUCUUCUCUUUGACUCAAGUGUUUCAUAAAGCGGUUUUUUUUAUUUACAGUUACAUAAAUGUCUCAAUAAAAUAGUGAAUAUCUAAAAGUAUUUCCAGAAAGUAAACAUUAUUCAGUUAAAAUAAAACAAAAUCCCACAGAGCAGAAUUAAACUUUUUUUUUAUCCUGUUCAGAUCAGACUGGAAAGUAGAUUAUUAAAGAAUAAAGUAGAAUAUAGUGUCUCUGAGGUGUUAAUAAUGUUACAACAGUGGAGAUAUUAUUCUCUUCAUUAUGCCGACACUAACUGGUCUGUUCAGGUUUAUUCUGUGUGAUGUGUAAAUCUCUCAGUGCUCGACUCAGUGGCGAAGGCUUUGCAGUAACCGUGGCGAUUCCAUGAUGUUGAGGCGUAGUGAUGUGCAGGUCAAUCUGCGAAGACAAAGCAAAUAUUUAUGUAAUAAUAUAUUGAUGUGAGAUGAUUCACACUGAAGGGGGGGGUAUAUUAAGACACAUCCACCCAGAAAGUAUUUUUAAACCCUCAAUCAAUUCUAGUGCUGAAGGAUUAACUGACUAAUUGAAGGUAUUUAUUAAAGAAGUGAUGUUUCUGAUGCAGUAUUUGAACCUGAUUGAUUGUAUCUGCACCGACACCAAUUAAACAGAUCACACACCAGCUGGACUCGAUCAAAAGCUUUAAAAUAUAAUCGAAUUUCUUGACUGCCACUGCUGUGAGAGAUCACACUGACCUUUAAGUGUCUCUCUAAGUGUGAUCGUACAAAGCUUCAAGAACUACUUCACUUUAAGCUGCAACUCGUGAUUAUUCUCAAGGACAGUUAAUCUGAUGGUUAUUUUCUAA